CGGGAAAUGAAUCCUCCGAGGGUCCCUUUGGAGUUUUAGAGAGUAUCGCCCUUCGUCGGGGCUGGGCAGCGAGACAGUGACCGCCAUCCAUCCAGACAGGAGCUGGGACAGGAUGUAUUUCCCACUUACAUGCACCUGUAUGAACUUCCCUGGAAAUCAUCUGCAUAUUCUACUACUUCCCAAGCACUAAUUUAAUGUUAUGAACUUCACAGCAGUCAGAGCUCUCGCUCAUUUGGAGCUGGCUCCAGCUCUCAGCUUGACCGGCGUCUAACUUUCAAAGAACACAAGAUGAAGCGGAACUCUACUGUAGCUUACAAAAAAAUAUUCCAGUUUUUCUAAUAGUAACUACUUCUUGUAUCCUGGUGCGGUGCAGCCCAGGUGGGGCGGUGCCUCCGGCACAGCACAGCACACCUGUACAGGUCAUUAUCUCAGAAAAAGUGCAGUAUUUUUUUAUUUAAGCCAAAGUAGAGUUCAAUUUCAUCAAAGCAGCUGUGGGGUUUUGAUAGUUUGACACAGUAUCCCUCUGACAGCGCAUUUUCAUCAACCAGAGACCCAAGUCCUUCUUCGCAGGGCUGCUCCCAAUCCUCCCAUACCCCGGCCUGGACUGAAGCCACGCACCACUCCGACCCAGCCGGAAGACCGGGCCCUCGGCCUCGCCGAGCGCUCGCCGUUCGCCCCGCCCCGCUCAGCUCGGGGCUGCCCCUGCUCCGGCCUUCGCGCCCCGCCCCGGCACCACCCGCCGCGCCCCGUUUCCUGUGUCCCGGCGCGGGCGCCGCUUCCGCCGCGGGGGAUGUGUGAGCCGUGGCGGGGCGCGGCGGGUGCGGCGCCGCUGGCGCGGGUGGCGGAGCCGCUACUGCGGCGGCUGAGCGAGCUGCUGGACCGCGCGCGGCCCGGCCGCGGCUGGCGGGACCUGGCGCUGCGGGCGGGGGCGCGCGGCCGCGUGCGCAUCAGCCCCCUGGAUUUGGAGCAAUGCUCCCUCAAAGUUCUGGAGCCAGAUGGAAGUCCCAGCUGGAGCCUCCUGAAGCUGCUGGGCGAUCGGGGCUGCACAGUGGUGGAGCUGGCGGAGUUCCUGCAGGCACUGGAGCACACGGAGGCUCUCCAGUGCCUCAGCCAGUCAGGUCUAAGGAUUGUUGUGCAGCCAGAGUCUCAAGCAGUGCACCCUGGUCAGAUCGUCAAGCUGUGCUGUUGGGCGACAGGACACCCGUUUGUGCAUUACCAGUGGUUCAAGCAGGAAAAAGAGGUUCCACAUGGGAAUUCUCCAGAGCUGGUUUUGAAUCCGGUGAAUGUAACCGAUUCGGGCUUUUACAUCUGCCGAGUGAACAGUGAAUCCUCCUUUGCAUUCAGUCAGUGGGCACGACUUGAAGUUUGUGAUCACCAGGCUGCAUCUCAUGGGAGUUUAAUGGGCUUGCCUGAAAAUAAGCUGCGCAUUUGUAUUCAGCCUCAGCCACAAAACUUGACGAUGGGGGAUGCUUUGGUACUGGAGUGUGGAGCUGUUGGAAACCCAAUUCCUCAGUACCAGUGGUUCAGAAACGGAUUUCCCUUGGCAGAUGGGAGCAGGAAUAUCUACAUGGUGUCUCAUGUGGAUGUGGAACAUCAGGGGACAUAUUGGUGUCAUGUAUUCAAUGACCGAGAAGAUCAAGACAGCAAGAAGGUAGAAGUCAUUAUCGGAAGAAAAGCUCUGGCAGUGGAGUGCACGGAAGAAGAUCUGAGCGAUCUUCAGAAAUUGGCAGACGCACCAGAACAAUCACAUCACAGGCCUGUUGCAACAGACAAGGUGGCUCUGCUGAUAGGAAACAUGAGCUACUGGCACCACCCGCAGCUCAAGGCCCCAAUGGUGGAUGUCUACGAACUCACCAAUCUGCUCCGGCAGCUGGAUUUCAAAGUGGUCUCUUUGCUGGAUCUCACAGAGUCUGAGAUGCGAAAUGCAGUGGGUGAAUUUCUUCUUCUCCUGGACAAAGGCGUAUAUGGUUUGUUGUACUAUGCUGGCCAUGGCUAUGAAAACUAUGGAAACAGUUUCAUGGUUCCUAUUGAUGCUCCAAAUCCCUACCGGUCUGCAAACUGCCUGUGCGUCCAGAACAUCCUCAAACUCAUGCAGGAAAAAGAGACUGGACUUAACGUGUUCCUUCUGGAUAUGUGUCGGAAAAGAAAUGAAUACGAUGACACAAUUCUCAUCCUAGAUGCUCUGAAGGUUACAGCCAACAUUGUUUUUGGAUAUGCAACGUGCCAAGGAGCAGAAGCUUUUGAGAUUCAGCAGUCAGGGCUGGCCAAUGGGAUCUUCAUGAAGUUCCUGAAGGACCGUUUGUUAGAAGACAAGAAGAUCACCGUGCUGCUCGAUGAGGUUGCAGAGGAUAUGGGCAAGUGUCACCUGACCAAAGGGAAGCAAGCCUUGGAGAUCCGCAGCAGUUUGUCUGAGAAGAGGGCACUGACCGAUCCCAUCCAACAGACUGCGUCCUCCGCAGAGUCCCUGGCACGGAACCUGCAGUGGGCCAAGGCUCAUGAGCUUCCUGAAAGCAUGUACCUGGAAUUCAAGUGUGGUGUCCAGAUUCAGCUGGGGUUUGCAGCUGAGUUUUCCAACGUUAUGAUAAUCUACACGCGCAUAGUGAAGAAGCCACCUGAAAUAGCCGUUUGCAGAGCCUACGUCACAGAUUUUGCCCUCGACCUGGACGUGGACCCUAAGGAGGCCAAUAAGGGAACUCCUGAGGAAACUGGAAGCUAUUUGGUGUCAAAGGACCUUCCCAAGCACUGCCUCUACACCCGGCUGAGUUCCCUGCAAAAACUAAGGGAACACCUGAUCUUCACUGUUUGCCUUCACUAUGAGUAUCCAGGAAUAGAAGAUCCAAUGGAUGAAAGAAAGGAAGUCAAUGUUGGGAAGCCCCUUAUUGCUAAAUUAGGCCUUCAGCAUGGAUUCGGGAACAAUAACUGCCUCCAGACAUGCUGCAUGGCUAAUAACCCUUUUCAUAACCAGAUGGACUCGGGUCCAGUGACAACGGAAUACUAUGUCCCUGGUCGCUGCCAGACAAACUCCUGUCCAGGCGUUUACCAUCCGAACCAUGCUCACUCAGACAGCAUCGGACAGCCUGAGGCAUGUUCCUGCAACGGGACUCCAAGGAUUUUAGCAUCAAGACGUGAAGUACAGAAUUACUUGCUCCCUGUGGAAGAGGGCAAUGUACCAGUAGAGACCACAGAUGAUACUGUUGAACUGGAAUUCCUUCUCUCCAACAGCCUCAGGUUCUCGGAACAGCAGUAGCUGCAAUGUGCUCAGAAUAGGCCGGAGUAUCAUCCUAUAGCAGGGGACCUUCUGCAUCGCUUAUUCGACUUCUGGAGUCCAGAGGCUUCAGGAUCGAGGGACUAGGGAGUCUGGGAAUGAGGUUACGAUGACCAGCUGUCAGAUCCAAAGAGGCAAAGCUGGGCUGAUGGAUUUAGGAAUGGGAAAGGCAUGAGUUUUGUUUUUCUUCUCCUGUGACAUUUGAUGCAGGGAAAAAACCAAACUCCUCAGCGUUUCUUGUUAUGUCCUCUGGCAGCGGAGUAGCUGAUGGGCAGAGGCAGUCGUGCAUUUCUGGGAGGAAGCUGCCUCUCUUUGUUAUGGAUUGGAUGCAUAAAAGCCUGGCUGUGGUGCCAGAGGCUCUCCUGAGAGAGUAAAGCCUUGGGUCUUCCCAAAUCCUUCCCCUGUACCUGCUGAAGUUGCAAUAAACAUACUGUUUUCA